AUAGGGAAGGAGCAUGUUGGCUUGAAGGCUGUGACUGAGAUACUCCAGGAUAUCCAGUAUAAGGGAAAAUCCAAAACAAUACCCUGCUUUAAUCCUAACACUUUAUUACCAGACCCUCUUCUUCGGGAUUACUGGGUCUACGAAGGCUCUCUCACCAUCCUACCUUGCAGUGAAGGAGUUACCUGGAUAUUAUUCCGCUACCCCUUAACCAUAUCCCAGCUGCAGAUAGAAGAAUUUCGAAGGCUGAGGACACAUGUUAAGGGGGCAGAACUUGUAGAAGGCUGUGAUGGGAUUUUGGGAGACAAUUUCCGACCUACCCAGCCCCUGAGUGACAGAGUCAUUCGAGCCGCAUUUCAGUAGGCAGAGACACUGUGAUCAAGCUCAUCUGUAUCAGGGUAUGUGAGAUUAGACAAGGAAACGAAUGACCUUAACCCAAGCAUCCAGAAAUCACUCUGUACCCUGACUGCUGGAAUAUGCAUCAUUUUAAUAUGUUUAUGAUGCAUUCUCACACCCCACUAAUGGCAAGUCAGGUGGUCCUUUUCGUUUCAUGUUAUAUUAAAAAAAAAUCUAUGGCUCACUUAUUUUCCACUUGUACAUCCCUAAUCCCACUUUCUGCUUUAGUGGUAGCUUUCAUAAGGAAAGGUAUGUAGUGUGCAUAGGCAGGGAUUUUCAGCGGUCUCUUUCUUUAGUAUUCACCUUUUCAUCUCCUGAAGAUGCAAUCAAGGAUCUUUCUGCGAUCAAGGAACAUGAAUGGAAAGAAGCUUAAAAGAAUGAGCCUUCCUGCUUAUCACU